AGCUCGGCAGUCCGAAGUAUAAAGAAGCGCGAGCGUUAUUAUCAGUGGAAAAAAAGUAGAUUCUGUAUGACCUGCUGCGCGCGGACAGAAGCAAGCUUCCUCCUAGCUAUCUGUCGCCUGUGAUACAGAACUACAUGUCCAUCAGGAUAAACGGACCUCUUUCCAACUUCAGGAGUAACCAUCUUAAAAUGGAGUGGGAAUUAUGGAUUUAAAGCAGAGAGGACUUGAAAUGGGUGGUCUGCUGGCAGAGCUGCUGCUCUGGAAUUGCCUGCUGAUGGCGGUUGAUGGCUCCCCCCUCCUUCUCUUUGCCAACCGAAGAGACGUGAGAUUGGUUGAUGGUGAUGGUGUGCGGGGCGAAUCAGCCAUUGUUGUCAGUGAACUUGAAGAUGCAGCCGCAGUGGACUUCCUGUUUGAUGAGAGCCUGAUCUUUUGGACUGACGUCAGUGAGGAGGCCAUCAAACAAACCCACUGGAAUCAGUCGUCCAACUCUCUUAAGGAGGCUCUGGGAACUGGCCAAGCAGUGGUCGUGUCUGGGCUGAACAGUCCUGAUGGUUUAGCCUGUGACUGGCUGGGGAAGAAGCUCUACUGGACAGACUCAGAGACCAAUCGGAUUGAAGUCGCCAACCUGAACGGCACCUCCAGGAAAGUCCUAGUGUGGAUGGACUUGGACCAACCCAGGGCUAUUGCCCUUAAUCCUGGACAAAGAUAUAUGUAUUGGACAGACUGGGGAGAGGAGCCUCGGAUAGAACGCGCUGGCAUGGAUGGCAGCAGCAGGAAAGUCAUAGUGAAUAAGAACAUACACUGGCCCAAUGGUCUCACCAUAGACCUGGUGGAGGAGAAGUUGUACUGGGCCGAUGCGAAGCUCAGCUUCAUUCACAGAGCCAACCUGGAUGGAUCUGCACGAGAAGCAGUGGUGGAGGGCACCCUGACCCAUCCUUUUGCACUAACAUUGUCUAAGGAGACGUUAUACUGGACUGACUGGCAGACUCGCUCCAUCCAUGCCUGUAACAAACACAGUGGAGACAAAACCAGAGAGAUCCUCGGUGGGAUUUAUUCUCCAAUGGACAUCCAGGUUCUGGAGCCUUAUCGACAGCCUUACAUUCAGACCCCGUGCAGCAACGAUAACGGAGGCUGCAGUCACCUCUGCCUGCUCUCUCCGCUCCAGCCUUUCUACAGCUGCGCCUGUCCCACAGGAGUCCAGCUUAAAGCUGAUGGAAAGACGUGCAAGCCAGGUGCAGAGCAGGUUUUGCUGCUGGCUAGAAGGACAGACCUGAGGAGAAUCUCACUUGAUCUGCCAGAUUUCACUGACAUAGUGCUACAGGUUCAUGACAUUCGACAUGCUAUAGCUAUAGACUAUGACCCAGUUGAAGGUUUUGUCUACUGGACAGAUGAUGAGGUUCGGGCCAUACGACGAUCUUACAUUGAUGGCAGCAAUGCCAUGAUACUGGUUACCUUGGACAUCAACCACCCAGAUGGCAUUGCUGUUGACUGGGUGGCCAGAAACCUUUACUGGACUGACACCGGCACUGAUCGGAUUGAGGUUACCAGACUAAAUGGAACAUCACGAAAAAUUUUGAUUUCGGAGGACCUGGAGGAACCCAGAGCCAUUGUUGUGGAUCCUGUUAAUGGUUUUAUGUACUGGACAGAUUGGGGUCAGCAUCCUAAGAUUGAGAGAGCAAACCUGGAUGGAACAGCUCGGGUGGUUCUGCUCAACAGCUCUCUUGGCUGGCCCAAUGGAUUAGCCAUAGACUACACAGCAGGGAAGCUUUACUGGGGAGAUGCUAAAACUGACAAGAUAGAGGUGAUCAAUGUGGAUGGCAGUAACAGGCAGACUCUGCUGGAGGACAAGCUGCCUCAUAUCUUCGGCUUUACUCUGCUGGGUGAAUACAUCUACUGGACCGACUGGCAGAGCCGCAGCAUUGAGAGGAUCCACAAAACCACCGCCGUACGAGAGAUCAUCAUCGAUCAGCUGCCAGAUUUAAUGGGCUUAAAGGCUACCAAAGUCACAGAGACCUAUGGUACUAAUGACUGUGCAGAGAAUAAUGGUGGGUGCAGCCAUCUGUGUUUUUGGUGCGAGCAGGCGGUCCGCUGUGCUUGUCCCAUGGGGCUGGAGCUCCUCUCAGACCUCCGGACCUGCGUGGUGCCGGAGGCCUUCCUGCUGUUUACCAACAGGGACAGCAUCAGGAGCAUUUCUUUGGGCACAAACAGCAAUGAUGUGGCCAUCCCUCUGACAGGAGUCAAAGAGGCCUCGGCUCUUGAUUUUGAUGUUUCAGAAAGGAGAAUUUACUGGACAGACAUACAGGCCAAGACCAUCAGCAGAGCAUACAUAAACGGCAGCUCGGUGGAACACGUCAUAGAGUUUGGACUUGACUACCCUGAAGGCAUGGCCAUUGACUGGAUGGGUCGUAACAUCUACUGGGCAGAUACUGGUUCUAACAGCAUUGAGGUGGCCCGCUUGGAUGGCCAGUACAGACAAGUUUUAGUCUGUAAAGACCUGGAUAACCCACGCCUGCUGGAUAACCCACGAUCUCUAGCUCUGGAUCCUGCAAAUGGCUACAUGUACUGGACAGAGUGGGGUGGUCGUCCCCGCAUAACCAGAGCCUACAUGGACGGCAACACCAUCAGUACGUUAGUGGAUAAAGUGGGCCGUGCCAACGGACUGACUAUUGAUUAUGUGGAGCAUCGAAUCUACUGGACUGAUUUGGACACAUGUAUGAUUGAAAGCACCAACAUGCAAGGCCUUCAGAGGGAGAUUAUUGUGGAUGACCUUCCUCACCCCUUUGGACUCACUCAGUAUAGGGACUUCAUCUACUGGACAGAUUUCAACCUGCGCAGCAUUGAGCGGGCUGACAAACGCAGCGGGCUGAACCGCACCGUGGUCCUGCAGGGUCAGCUGGAGCUGAUGCUGGACAUCCUGGUGUUCCACUCCUCCCGCCAGGAUGGGACCAAUGAAUGCUCUCAGAACAAUGGGAACUGUGGCCAUCUCUGCCUGGCCACUCCUGCUGGGGCUCAGUGCCGCUGCGCCUUCCACUACACCCUCAACCCUGACGGGAAAAAUUGUAGUUCUCCUUCAAGUUUCUUGCUCUUCAGCCAGAGGGCCAGCAUUAGCAGGAUGGUGUUAGGAGACCAGAGUCCGGACAUAAUCCUUCCCAUUCAUGUCACGAGGAACGUCCGAGCUGUGAGCUACGAUCCGCUGGAGCGCCUGGUCUAUUGGCUGGAUGGACGGCAGAACAUACGAAGGGCCAGAGAUGAUGGCACCAUGUCUUCAAUCAUAAUUAGCAGUCCUGCUCAACAAGUGGACAACCAGCUUCAUGACCUGAGCCUUGACCCCUACAGUCGGCACAUUUACUGGACCUGUGAGACCACCAACACCAUCACAGUUCAGAAGAUGGACGGUCGCAUUGUCGGUGUGGUUGUCAAGGAUGAUACCGAUAAGCCAAGAGCCAUCGUGGUCAAUGCAGAAAAAGGGUACAUGUACUUCACUACUGUACAGGAGCACUCUGCUAAGAUUGAAGGAGCGAGUCUGGAUGGAACAGAGAGAGAGUCCUUGUUCUCCACUGGUCUGAUUAGACCUGUAGCUCUGGCUCUGGACAACAAGCUGGGAAAACUGUUCUGGGUUGAUGCUGACCUCAAACGCAUCGAGAGCAGCGACCUGACAGGGGCCAAUCGCAUUGUCCUGCAGGAUUCCAACAUCCUCCAGCCCAUGGGGCUGACAGUUCUGGGGGAUCAUCUCUACUGGAUUGACCGGCAGCAGCAGAUGAUCGAAAGGGUAGAUAAACUGACUGGAGAGUUCCGCACACGCAUUCAGGGACGGAUAUCAUACCUGACAUCUAUCCACGCAGCAUGGGAGAUGGACCCAUCAGAGUUUGCAUCCCACCCUUGUUCCCGAGACAAUGGAGGCUGUUCUCAUAUCUGCAUUGCAAAGGGUGAUGGUACAUCAACCUGUUCCUGUCCCAUGCAUCUGGUUUUACUGCAAGACCUGCUGCACUGUGGAGAGCCCCCCACCUGCUCCACAGAGCAGUUCACCUGCUCCACAGGAGAAAUUGGCUGUAUCCCCAUGGCCUGGCGUUGUGAUGGCUUCCCAGAGUGUGAUGACGGCAGCGACGAAGUGCACUGCCCCAUCUGCUCUGCCUUCCAGUACCAGUGUGAUGAAGGAAGCUGCAUCGACGGUCAGAAACGAUGUGAUGGAGAACCUGACUGUCCUGAUAAGUCUGAUGAGCAUGAAUGUGACACUGUCUGCCCUCCCAACCAGUUCCGCUGUGGGGACAACCAUUGCAUCACUAAGAAACAGCAGUGUGACAAUUACUCAGACUGUCUGGAUGGCUCUGAUGAGCUGGCUUGUGAUUAUAUUUCUCCCUCCUCAAGCUUCAUUCCCAGUAAUGAAACCACCAACCCCAUUGGGCCAGUCAUUGCCAUCAUUCUGCUCAUGUUUGUGAUGGGAGGAGCAUGCUUCGUGUGUCAGCGUGUGGUGUGUCGGCGCUACAAGGGUCCUAAUGGGAGCUUUCCUCAUGAGUACAUCAGUGGGACCCCCCACGUGCCUCUCAACUUCAUCAGCCCCAGCAGCUCCCAACAUGGCACCUACCAAGGGAUCUCCUGUGGAAAGUCCACCCUGAGCUCAGUCAGCCUGAUGGGCAGCAGCAGCAGCGGAGCCCCUCUCUACGACAGGAACCAUGUGACUGGAGCUUCAUCCAGCAGCUCCUCAUCUACCAAAGGAGCCUUCUACCCAAAGAUCCUGAACCCUCCUCCAUCUCCAGCCACAGAUCGGUCUCUUUACAACACAGAGAUCUUCUAUUCCUCCAACAGUCCAUCUACAACCAGAUCAUACAGGCCCUACCACCCAGUCCAUGGAGGGGCCCCUCCUACGACCCCCUGCAGCACAGACGUCUGUGACAGUGACUACACCCCCCACCACCCCUCUGUGGGCAUGCCGUUGUCGGGGGGGCGCUGGAAGGCCCCGGGCCACGCCGCUCACGGCAAACCUACUAAAUACUACAUGGACCUUAACUCAGACUCAGACCCCUACCCUCCACCCCCCACCCCACGCUCUCAGUACAUGUCUGCUGAGGAAAGCUGCCCCCCGUCCCCUUCCACUGAACGUUCCUACUUCCACCUGUGCCCCCCUCCGCCCUCCCCCUGCACCGACUCAUCAUGACCCUCCAACCGCCUGGGGGAAUCAAAGGGAUGAAGUGGACUCACUUCUUUGUUCUGAAAUAAACUAAUGUGCCAACAGUCAGCCUGACAGAUGGAGGGGUGGGGGGCUGUCUCAUACCUGCCACUUUAUAUGAACUAGAAACUAGGUGAAGUGCCUUCCUCAAGCUCCGCCCGUCCUCCAUCUGAUAUUCCAAUCGUCCUCAGGAAGGCUCCUGUUGAGCCCAUGGCCUGAGGAGAACUGCUGAGGAGCUGUUGGAGUCUUGAGGUGAUGCCUGUUUGCCUCAAGCCUCAGAAAAGAGGCGAGGAGAGAAUUCAGCCCGCAGCUCCUUCCUCCGGUCCCUGGAAAUGUUUUUCCUGACAAACCCUGACCUAGUCAUUUCUUCCUUUAACUCUUCAGUGUGGAAAUAUGAACUGAACAGCUGAAGAGAAGAGAUCACUGAGACUGAAGCCAAGCCACUGGCUGGGGCCUCGGCCCCCGCUGCCCUUCCUGCCCCCUGGCCCUCUGGUCCCAGCAUUUCACCUCUGUCCUGCUCCUCUGUCAGUGUUGGCAGACACAGCAGCAGCAGGAAGCAUUAGGCUGCUAGCAGGAAGUCCACCUGAGUCACAUAUUUUACUGGUGGAACACAAACACCGUCCGUUAAUUUUUUUCAUCCCCUUCUUCUGUCCUUCAAUCUUUUUGUGCUCCCUCCAUUCCUUCCUCAUAUCCCUCUGUUCUAUUCUUUCUCUCAUCCUUUUCUCCCUUGUGUUCAUCCUUCUGUCUUUCCAUGUAUGUUUCCUUCUUUUCAUCUUUCCAUACUUUCCUUCCUUUUUUGCAUCUUCUUUCCUCCGGUCCUUUCUUACUUUCUUGUUUUCGUGAAUUUCAUGUAUAAAUCUGAUCAGGGUGGAAAUCUGUGUCCUAAAUUCAAGGUGAACCUGAGAAUUUACUAUUUUAAAAUGAACCUGAAGAACUGCUAUCGUUACGUCUGGCACAUGUAGACAUUAACCUUGUGUUAAUGUUUGCUGGAUGGAUGGAAGCUGGUGGAUGUCAUCACAUGAUGGGUGGAGGAAGGAGUGAAUGGUGGCAGCGGGAGGCGGAGGCAGCAUCACCACCAUCAUAGCAGGAACAGCUCCAGCUUUUGUACAUAAUGUGGAAUGAAGUCAGUGAUCCUGUCUGUCCCUCUCCUCAUUGUCCUGUUUACCAAAAGUAUUUUUGCUGCUAUUAUGUACAGAAUCAAUCAGAUACUAUGAUAUGUAAUUACACAGAAAUGCCAAAAUGAUCCACCUGAUCAUAUUGUCAUCCUGACAAUAGAUUAUGAAGCUAUUUUACACCUAAAAAAUUAUUCCUAUAGCAUUUUGUCUCAUUAGUAUAUCUGUAUGUUAGCUCAGCAUGUAUUAGCCUGUCUGUCAGUGUUUGCUCUGAGGACAUUAGCGUUGCCAUGCUGGUGUCUUUAUGUUUGUCUCAUCACACACAGAUCUCAGAAUCAUCAUCUCAGAGUGCAGCUGUGAGAAUCCUGCUGUGGCUCCUCACACAAAACAUCCUGCUACAACCAAAGUACGCUUCACUGCUAACAGCUAGCUUCACAGUGACCUUUACUUUAGUCACUUUUUGUAAAAAAAAAAAAAAAAAAAAGAACUUAUCUUGGAAGAAAUCCUCUAAUUCAUUUUGGUUUCUUCAUGGAAAACAUCAGCUUCAGUCUAAUAGUUCAGCCACAUUGGACACAUUCAGACAUCAGUUACUCCCUCACAGAUUUCUUCUGUUUUUGCUUUUUUUUGUCCCACUAAAAUGAUUUACAUAAUGAAAGAAUUUUAAUGUCAGACAAAGAUAACCUGAGUAAAUAUGAGAAGCAGUUUAAGGGUUUUAUGUUUAAAGAGAAAAAAGCGGUCUAGACCAUCCUAGCUCUGUGGGAAGAGUAGUUGCUCCCUAAACGCCUGUCAGGUGAGACAAGUUUUUCAUCCUCAUCACUGUGGAAGAAUCUUGGCCCACUUGUCUUUGAAGAGUUUUAAUUCAGCGACAGAGAGCCACAAUUUAAGUUCCUUUAUGAUCUUAACAUUUUUAAUGUGAAAAAAAAAACUGAUAAGGAGCAAAUACUUUAUUACAAUAAGGAAUUUCACCAACAUUUCUGAUGUAAAGCAACUUCAGCGCCUCAGUGUGAGCUUGAUGCUGAUCCUUUCCUACCCAGAAACACUGAAGCUGCUGCCAGGCGCCGACUGACCUGGUAUCAGUUUCUAGCUGCUGCUCCAUGUCAGCAGCACAACUCAUUUCCUUCAAGGGCUAAAAACCACUGCCAGUAAAAUUCUCUACAUGCUGUCUCAGCUUUGAAUGCUUUGUGUGAUUUACAGUCCUGAAAUUAUUUUGUAUCAAAAGCAUUUUUAUAUAAUAAAGGUUUUAUUUUAAA